AUGUUCUCGUUGCUUUACGGCCUUUGGGAGUACGUAUGGAGGAAAGAAGAGCUGCGUAUACUCAUUCUUGGGCUGGACAAGGCAGGCAAGACAUCCCUGCUGGAAAAUGUGAAGGAGCUGUGUACGGGGUCGCCGGGGCUGGAGCCAACCUCCAUAGUGCCCACUGUGGGGCUGAAUGUGGGGCGGGUGGAAGCACACCAUGCACAGCUGCUGUUCUGGGACCUUGGAGGCCAGGCAGGGCUGCGCUCGAUUUGGGACAAGUACUUUGCUGACUCCCAUGCGCUCAUCUUCGUUGUGGACUCCACUCGGCCCGCCAGGUUUGAGGAGGCGCGCACAGCCCUGUUUCGGGCGCUGGCAAGCAGGGAGCUGUUCGGAGUUCCGGUGCUGGUACUCGCAAACAAGCAGGACGCGGCCGACGCGCAGCCGCCGGCCGCGGUGCAGCAGAUGCUCGGAUUGGACGAGCUGAAGGUUCCCCUAAGAGUGCAGGAAGCUUCUGCGCUGACGGGCGAAGGCCUGCGCGACGGGCUGCAGUGGCUGGUGGCCGAGAUCCGCCGCAGCGACCGGGCGGGUCUGCUGAGGCAACGCCUCUGA